CGGGGUUAAAAUUGCUUGAAAAUUGGAAGCUUCAAGUGCCAGAACAACAAGAACGACAGACCAACCGACCACAAAGGUCCAAAAGGACACGCUGACAUGCUCCCCGCGGUCUAGGCUGUAGAGUCUCGCUGUUUCCGGAGGAAAAAAAUUUACAAACGCCGCGACAGCCACUGAUUCGUCCAACUGUAAUUAUAAUCAAACUUGGUUCUCCGCCAUAAACGUGGCGUACAAUUCUCCGUUCUGCCAGUGCCAUCACCGCACGAAUUAUUGCUCAACACUAUUCUAUCUUAAAUUCUAAACAACUAGAUCGGACGGUGCAGGGUGCCUGAUUGAUGUUUGUUUGAUUAUACAAUCUAAACUCUAAGCGUAACAGCACAACGCGUUGCAACACGACUCUUUCUACGAAUCCCCAACUUAGCCACGUGGAUCGAUAUAAUUAAUCUUUACACUUUAAUUUGCCAGGUGGCAAGAGUCCAGUGCAAAUGUAUUGCGGUAAGUAGUUGUCCCUUUAUAAUGUCCUUCAUAAUUCCAAGAUAAAUCAACGGAAUCUCAUUACCUCAGUGUACCUCAAAAUUUACCAUCCAGAAAUAAAUGAGAAUGAGAAUUUCCGAACCCUAAGAAGUCUGCUGAAGUCGUAAAUGGGGAAAAUAGUUGUGGUGGUGGAAGAUGUAGACGCGGCACGAACAGCUCUCCGAUGGGCGCUCCAGAACUUGCUUCGCUACGGCGACAUCAUUAUACUUCUUCACGUCUUCACUCCCACGAGAUCGAAAAGCAAGAAGAAACGGAGAGUCCUGAGAUUGAGAGGCUUUCAAUUGGCUCUUUCCUUCAACGACAUCUGCAACACCGUCCUCGAUGCAAAGGUGGAGAUCGUCGUACGUGAAGGUGAUUUAGAGGGCCGGACGAUCGUGUCGACGGUUAGGGAGGUUGGAGCUUCGGCCUUGGUCGUCGGACUCCAUGACCAGAGUUUUCUGUACAAGAUGGCAAUGGCCCAAGGCAACAUAACAAACAACCUCAAUUGCAGAAUUCUUGCUAUUAAACAACCAUUAUCAUCUACGCCGACGACGACAAAACGGCCGACAGCAGCAGACAGUUCGACGGGUUUGGAGUUCUCACAGAUUGAGAUUGCUAGAUUGUGUGUCCCUCCUCAAGUCCCCCAGAAGAUUCCAUACCGAAUCCUUCCAAGCCCAUUUCACAUAAUAUGGAGAAGAUCAAGGAGAAAAAAGGAAAGCACAUGAAAGUAUAUACAGGAAGCUCUAAACCAUCCAAUCACAUACCAAACCAUUGUUGUUAAUGGUAUUCUUGGGUUGGGCCUGGCUCGGGCCCCUAACAGUACAGAGUAGAAAAAGAACAAAUCCUUGCGAUGAAACAAAGUGGGGUGGGUGUUGACAUCACAGUGCCGUCUGCGCUUGCGAAGUUGUUUGUUGAAGAUCCGGCCAUGUCACUUUCUUUGUACAUACGUGAAUACUACUGAGGUGCCUUUUUUUGUGCUUUACAGAUAUCUAUGCUGAAUGACCGAGUGGCCUUUCCUUGGCUUUAUUGCUUUUCGUUUCCUUUUCUUACUAGGUGAGGUCGGUCCAUUGAGCAGAAGACUAAGACAAAAUGACAUGUUCCACUUACCACCACUCUUAGAAAUAGAACUGAGAUGAGCGAGGCCACUGUUCAAACAACUCUGAUACUUUGAAGAGUGGACGUUUGAAAUUGAAUAAAAUAUAUACACGAGGAGUCUCAGGUUUAUAAUUCAAACAAAGGCAUUUGGCUUGAUAGACUAUUGGUUCGAGUUUUGAAUGGUCAGGUUUUGUGGCUUCUGUACUGUCCUCCCACAGAAAUAUCCCACUGCUCAGCCGUUUAGCUUAGGUGCAGCUUCUAAUUUUCAACUUGGUUUAUUUCUGGUUGUUGUUGUUUGGUUUGACUUACAGCUUUCUUUUGAUGCUGCUUGUUUCAUUGAGGUGGUCUUGAAGUUUAGUUCUGUCCAACCAUCACUACUGCAACUCUACUAUUUUAGAUUGAAAAUUCUCUCUCACACACACAUCAGUACGUAGGGGUGUGUUAUUAUCUCCUAGAACAUCUACUUUUGACCAGUAAGUAGAGGUUUGCCCCACUUAAUUAGAACUAGAUGUGCUCAGAAUCAGAUCAUUUCCUUUAUCUCAGCCCAGAAUUUAACGAAAUGGUUGGAAGUUGGGAGUUGGGGCCCUGGAUAUUUAUGAAUUUUAUAUAUAGUUGAUGUAUUGAUAACUGAAAUAUCUUUUUUCGUGUGUAUUAAAGUCUUUAAAUGCAGGAAUUUUCAUCCUAUAUA